AUGGCUGGCCUGGAAGCGCUUUCUUCGAUUAUAUACCACGAGAAACAGCAGUCGGGGUCGAUGCUCUGUGCCCAGCAUGCACUGAACUCGCUACUUCAAGGGAACUAUUUCUCUGCCCCAGAUCUGUCAGACAUCGCGCGCAACCUUGACAACCUCGAGGAGAGCUAUAGACAUCAGGACGAUGAUAGCACCAGAGGAACAAGCACUAAUAUGGAUGACACCGGGUUCUUCUCUGUCCAAGUUUUGGAGAAUGCGUUAUCUGUGUGGGGGCUCAACCUGGUGCGAUGGCGAUCAGCGGAAAUGAGGGCGUAUCAAGACCGACCUCAUACCCAAUUGGGCUUCAUUCUGAACUUGCAACAACACUGGUUUACGCUUCGCCGCUUCGGUCCAGCUGAGGCCAAGAUCGAUCUCGACACUGGGGAAGGACAUUGGUUCAAUCUCAACUCGUUUCUGCCCGCACCUGAAUGGGUAGGCAAGUUGUAUCUCGGCAUGCUCCUUCAGCAAGCUGAAGCAGACGGUUAUUCUGUUUUCGUGGUCACGCAAGCAGACCCAUCCGCGCCUCUUGCUUUGGCACGAACGGACGCCGAUCAGAUCGCUGCGACAUUGCCAGAACCAUCCGAAGCGCCGAAUUAUCAAGCCUCCCGAUCUUAUACUACACGCCCCACCACAACAGCAUCUACAUCUCGAAAUACCGGUAAUUUGGAAGACGACAGUAUGGAAGGGUUUGAGGACGAAGAUUUUGAAUUGCAAGCCGCCUUGCAAGCAUCCAUGAUGUCGCCCAGCGGACGUGACACACCCAUGGAACCCCCACACCUGGCGCGCGCGACGGUGCCGCUCCCUUCUUCUGGCCCACCGUCUGCCCCGGGGUCAGGUGCGAUGACGCCUCAAACUGGCGGUCGUUUCCCUGAACCACCGAUAUUCGGUGCUCCCGUGCACCCUCCUCACCCAACAGGCGACGCGGACUUGGACCCCGUCGCAGCAAGUAUGGAACGUAACAGAGUGAGGUUGCAGCGAAUGCGUGAGCAACAAGAAUUUGCUCAAAGAGAGAUGUGGGCGGAACGGGGCUUUGGUCCGGAAGGCCCGCCACCCCGGGACGACGACAAUGACGAAGAUGAAAUGUUACGAAAAGCGAUAGAGGAAAGCGAAGCUUUGGCUAGGGAACAAGGGCAUGGUACAAGCGACAAUCAUGAAGGGGAGGCAACCGCUUCUGAUAAUCCCUAUCCUUCCACUUCUGGAUUUGAUGCAAGGGUAUAUGACGACGAAGAUGCUGAGCUGCAAGCAGCCCUCAAAGCCUCCCUGGAGCACGUACCCGCCGAUUGGACGCCACCGGAGGUGAGAUAUACCCCACCUCGACAUACGACGACAGAUCCUCCACGGAUUCAAACAGACGAUACUUAUCUCGACGCUACACCUGAUGCGGACGAUUCAGAGUCUGUAGUGUCAGAGGCGAGUACCUCGAUAGCAGCGCCUCCGACACCUGUAUUGGACCCAGAGGAGAUUCGUAGGAAGAGGCUAGCUAGAUUUGGAGCAUAG